AUGAGAUUUUUAUCAAUUUUAUUAUUAGCUUUUGCUAUUGCUGUUGCAAGAAGUCAAGAUGCUUCAGGUGAUUUCCAAAAUCAAACUUAUAACUCACCAUUCCAACCAGUUUCAAUUAGUGGUAAAGCUUCUAUAACUACAUACUUCAGUCCAGAUACCAGUAUUCAAACCGAAACCAAUAUGAUUAUUAAUGCUAAACAAACAAUUGAUAUCGGUAUUCCAGGUAUGGAUUCAUGGGUCGGUUGUAGUGAUUCUUACAAUGGUGUUUAUGGUUGCUCAGUCAGCAAACAAAGAAGCCAAGAAACCUUCCCAAUUUUCCAAGCUUUAUUAAAUGCAAUUCACAGAGGUGUUGAAGUCAGAAUUUUAACAAAUAAUUAUUAUACACCAAACUCAACAUGUACCAGUGGCCAAAUCGAUCCAAUUAGCUUUUUAGCAUUAGCAGGUGCCAAAGUUAGAUAUUUCACCACCCUUACAUUCCUUCACAGUAAAUAUUGCAAUGUUGAUGGCACUUCAUCAUCUAUUUCAUCAAUUAACUACAGUCAAACUUCAUUCAUGAAGAACAGAGAGGCUGGUGUCAUUGUUACCGGUAAUACCCAAUUAACUGACUUCACCAAUACCGUUUUCGAAUACGAUUGGAAUUUAGGUAUCGAUUGGCCAACUAUUACAUACAGUUCAAGUGAUAUGAAAAUCAUUAACGAUAAAACACAAAUCUCUGUUCAAAUUCCAUCACCACCAUCAUUCUCUGGUUCAUAUGUUACCACUGUUAAUACCGUUAGUGAUAAAAUGAAAGUUACUGUUUUCACUUCACCAGAUAAUGCUUGGGAUCAAGUUUCAGCCGAUAUCAAAGCUUCAAGUUCAUUAAAAGUUUACAUUUACCAAAUCACCAACUCUGACUGGUGUGAUUUAAUUGGUAACUAUACUGGUGACUUAUCAAUCCUUGUAUCAAAUGAAAUCUAUGACUAUGCCGAUUGGCAAUCAGCCUCCGAAUGUUAUAAACAUCUCUCCAAGAGUGGUAUUACCAUUAGAAAGACUGCUAAAAACAUGUACACCUAUUCACAUCAAAAGUACUGGAUUCUCGACGACGAAGUCGUAUACCUUUCAACUGGUAACUGGGGUAACACUGAUUUCCCAGAUGGCAGCCAAACUUUCCCAUCAUACAAUGAAAGCCCAUCAGAAUGGAGAAAAACAAAUAGAGACUUUAACAUUAAAAUGGAAGAUCCAAAAUUAGCUACCAUUUACUUAGAUUUAUUCAAAGCUGAUUAUCAAAGAGGUUACGACUAUUACAAUUAACUUUUUUCAAAAAUAAAAUAAAAAUAUAUAUAUAAUAUAUUAUUUAUUUAAUAAUGAU